UCACCUGCGGUCACACUGAAGCGAAAGGGAAAACAAAGCAAGCGACGAAGACGCGAAUCAAAAGGCGCACGCGGCAAAAUGUAAAAACUUGCUUAUUGGUUUAUUUUUAACAGUUGCCGUCAUCACAGUCAUUUGGCCGAUUGCUCGCCGCACCGUUUGCGUGUGUUAAUUAAAUUUAUUUCAGCCAUUGCCAAUUGCUGCGUAUAUUCGGCGGUAAUUAACUGAGCCUGCAGUUAGCCGCACGCUUUCGUACAGUUGAGACGCGCGUUUUUUCUCUCAAUACAUAUUGUGUGGAUUGGGAAAUUUCCACUGCUAUGGUUUUGACUAAUUUCGAGUGCUGGGCACAUGGCGGCGAACCUGCCGAAUCCGGCAGCCUUCGCCCCCACCUGGAUCCCUUCAAUCCGCGUGCCGUUGGCUUCAUCAGCGAUGCCAACAACAAUAACAGCAGUGACCACAACAGCAGCGCCACAGAUGGGCAGCCGACGCCGGAAGUCCUGCCACAGGAGGUGCUGCGCUGCAAGAAGCGCCUGAAUCCGCAUGGCAACUGUGGAGGCGGCGGCGAUAUGGACCAGCCGGUGUACACCAAGCGGUGUCGUUACGAUGACGCGGAUCUGGCUGCACAGUAUUGCAAUGAUUUCUUUUCACUGCCUGCCACACAAAUAAUUGGAACACAGGCCUGUUUGAUGGAUUACGAGAUGCAGGCCAACGGCGGCGGCAUGAUGAUGGAAUCAGAGCCCAGUUUUCCACAACAACAGCAACAGCAACAUAUUCAGCAGCAGCAGCAGCAACCUCAACGCAUCUACCAGCAUUAUCAAGAAUCCGCAGAGCGAGCAGCAUCGCCGCCAACGAAGAUAAAGCGAAGAAAUGAUCCUUUAGAGAAAAUUCAAUUAAAUACAGAAGGCAGCAGCAGCAGUGAGGCUGCGGCGGAUUUGUAUAUAGCCACGCAUGGCGGUUGCCUGCAUCACUUCAGUACGCUGAGUGGCGGUGGGUCAGAAGAGUCUGAUAUCUAAGCAAAUAGCCCAAAGGGUUACCUGUAGCCUCUAAACCAAGUACAAUCGAUCAUUGUAAUAGCCUAUAACCUAAGUAGCCAAGUAAGCUCUCGCAAAUGUCUCAACCAGAAGGUGCUUUGUUUUAGUAUUUGGAUUUCUAAUAAAAAUCUUAAGCUACCAAAA